AACAUGAUAAAACAUUCUUAGCUUAUUCGUCUCGUCAGUCGUCACCAAUUUGUUCAUCAAAAAGUGGUCGACUGUAGAACUCCAUUUAAUGGCAGGGUUGGCCUCAUUAUUAUACCGAGGCAAGAAAUUGUCUCUCCUCCUAAACACAUCUUUUCUCUUCCUCCUCAUUUUCUACUUCUCAACCCAUUUUCAUCCCAUCAAUUCGCAGCUGCUCAGAAGUUCCAAAAAACGUAGCAAUAGCAUUACCAUCUUCUCAUCAGAGAUUGUACACGAACCAGACGUCGACGACGAUGAUUGCAGUCGUCUUCAUGAGUACGACAACUACGAAGCCAAGUGUGCAUACUUGAAAUCAGAAAAGGGAUGCCAGCCUAAAGGCUACAUAGACUAUCUCCAAAUCUUCUAUUGCAUCUGCGGCCAAUAUUCUGUAUUGGGUUGCACCAUACUUAUCCUGUGGCUUGUAGUUCUGUUCUACUUGUUGGGUAACACAGCGGCCAUCUACUUCUGCUAUUCCUUAGAGAGGUUAUCUAGAGCUUUGAAUCUUUCCCCAACCAUUGCCGGUGUGACUCUGCUUGCUUUAGGCAAUGGUGCGCCUGACGUUUUUUCUAGUAUUGUCUCUUUCAUGGGAGCUGGGUCUGGUCAAGUUGGGCUGAACGGUGUUUUGGGUGGGGCAUUCUUCAUAUCUAGCACGGUUGUUGGAGUCAUUAGCAUUUCCGUCAGCCCAUAUCAGGUAGCCAUUGAUAGGUCAUGCUUCAUAAGAGAUGUUGUCUUCUUCCUUUUAUCUCUUUCGUCUCUACUUGUGAUUGUGAUCAUCGGUAAGAUCAAUCUGCUCGGUGCAACAGCUUUUUUUUCUCUCUACCUCGUUUAUGUCAUUAUAGUCUCAACCACACAUUGUAGGACGAAAGACAGGGACGACCAAAACUCCUUUUCUAAAUCUUCUACAUUAGCAGCCUCUAGGAGCUUCUUGGCGUAUGACCCCAACUUGGAUAAACCAUUACUGGGUUACCUUGAUGAUGAUCAGAAUCCCGUUUUUACCGAUAGUGGUGGACUUGAUGAAGAGGAUGAUGAUCAGAAUUCAAGAACAAGGUGUUUCUGUCUUGACCCAUCAACAAAUUACUUCAUUCUUAGGCUUCUUCACAUUCUAGAACUACCUCUUUACUUGCCGAGGAGAUUGACAAUUCCUGUUGUUAGUGAGGAGAAAUGGUCUAAGCCAUUUGGAGUUAUCUCAGUAACAUUAUCACCAAUUCUCUUCGCAGCCCUCUGUAACUCUCAAAGCGAAAAUAUAGGCUCCAGUGCAGGUGUAGUGAUCUAUAUAAUUGCCACCUCGGCGGGGAUUGUCUUGGGAAUUCUUGCAUUUUUGACCACUGAGAAGUCCAACCCACCAAAGAAAUUCUUGCUCGCUUGGCUUGCAGGAGGGUUUUUGAUGAGUAUAACCUGGACCUAUAUUAUAGCUGAGGAGUUGGUCUCUCUGCUGGUUUCGGUUGGUCAUGUAUUUGGAAUAAGCCCUUCGAUUCUAGCAGUAACUCUGCUUGCAUGGGGCAAUUCACUGGGAGACUUGAUCGCCAAUGUUGCAAUGGCAGUGAACAACAUGCCAGAAGGGACCCAGGUUGCAAUUUCGGGCUGUUAUGCGGGGCCAAUCUUCAACACAUUAAUGGGCUUGGGCUUGUCACUGGUUUUCUCAUCAUGGUCUGCGUACCCUUCUUCUUUCAUCAUUCCUGAAGAUUCAACGCUUUAUGAGGUUCUAGGGUUCUUGAUAGCUGGCUUGCUUUGGGCCCUUGUCAUACUUCCUAGAAAAGAAAUGAAGCUAGAUAGGGUUUUGGGUGGUGGGCUCUUUGCUAUAUACUUGUGUUUCCUAUCUCUCAAGUUGGCUGAGGCUCUUGGGCUGGCCCAACAUAACGGGUCACCAAUUUUCUCCAAACCCUAAAGAUGUCAAUAUAUAUUUUGUUUGAGGUCCAAUGAUGCUUGUAAUUGACUAAUAUUGUGAAUAAAAAUGCAAUUAUUUCAUGUAUCA